UCCUUCGUCUCGUAUGUGGACGACACGGGCUAUGGUGAUUGGGGUGAUGAAUGGGGCGAUGGUUGGAACAAUGGAUGGCAGUACUACGUUGGCUGGCAGGACGAGGACGCGAACACGUGGGAGACAGAUGCAGGAGGACACGGAGAUGAUGCAGAGGAUCCUCGCCUACAGGAGAUGCACAAGGCGGAGAAGGACGCCGAGAUCAUGGCCAUGGAAGCCAAGAGAACAUGGUCUCAAGCACAGCAGGCCACGGCGGCCAUGAGACGGGAGCGCAAGAACCCGGGCAAGCACGCGCACUUCAUGGACCCGGACUGGCAUUGGGAUUUGGCCUUCCAGAAGGGGAAAGAUAAGUUGAAAGGCGCGAACUGGGCGAACGUCUACGACGCUGCCUACGCGUUCCCCUUCGGCAAAGGGAAGGGCAAGUUCAAAAAUCCGAAGAGUGGUCAGGUCAAUGCCUAUGUGGCGGACUACUAUGGACUGGAGAUGGAAGCCGGA